UCCUUCUUCCAUCCUUGGUAAGCAGGAAAAAAAAAUUACUUUCACAAGGCUUUUCAGCUUUUACGGGCAUCUGCCUACCAGCCUCCCUGCCACACAUGAAAGCAAUCUUAAGAACUGGGUGACUUCUAUCAUCAAAUGUUAGACUAAAGGAGGGUCAGCUAGUUUGUGGCUCAGUCUGUCUUUCUGGUUGCAUUUAUACCCCAAACUGAAUUAAAGCCAUUAUUUAACUAGAACUCUAUGCAGCAAUUUAAAACUGAAUCUUGUGAUUUUACGAAUUGCACAGCUCUCCCAAAAGGCACUCACCUUGAGCUUCUGAAAAUUGUAGGUCACCAUGUCUUCACAAUAGCCAUCUUAAAUGAAAACAAAUACUUUUUUAAUUCAAUUGUUCUAAAGCAAUUUUUUUAAAAAAAUCCACGAAUCCACAAAAUACAGGGCAUUUAAUUAUUUUCAUGCAAUGUAAUAACAUUAAUAAAUCUGAAGGCACAAACAUGCACCAAGUUUGGCCACUUCCAGCAAUGGGGAAGGAGCUGGAAAUUUUAAAGGAAGCCAAGAGACUCCGUUGAAUCCCCCCAGUCCUCGUAAUGCAACUGCCUUGAUUUACCACCUUUAUUUCUCGAAGCCGAAGAGGUGGGCGGGAACCGCUCUUUUUAAACCGAGGGGUCGGAGGAAUUUUUUUUUUUUUUUUUACAUAACACGAGGCGUUCCGAACAGAAGGGACUGUGGGGGAAACCAACAUUUGCGCCCGGAUUAACAUUUGGAGGUUUGGCUGCAGGCAGGAUGCAUCGCUUUGGCCCACUGCUUAUGCAGCAUUUGGACCAACUCCUGGAACUUGCCAAUUUCAACAGCAACGUUGAAGAAGAAUACCUUCAGAUUGCCAAGUGUCUUGAAGAGAUGCGCCAGCGAUGCUGCCGGUUGGAUUGUGAUCUGCAGAAGACAAGGCAGCAGUUACGCCAAUCAGAAUCUAAGACUUCUCUGCUGGAGGUGAAGUUGAAACAUGCCCGGAACCAAGUAGAAGUGGAAAUGAAGAAAAGACGUUGGGCAGAAGCUGAGCUGGAAAAGCAAGAAUGCAAGUUGCAGCUUAUCUAUGACCACCUCAUGGCAGACCCACAGAUCACUUCCCUCACUGAAGAUAAACAUGCAGACCUGGCCAUUGUUGAGAGGCUGCGUUCAUGCAGUAGCCUACUGCCUAGAAAACAGGGAAUCUGUGCAAUAGAAGAACCUGGUACCUCGAUUCUAUCUGACAUCAGUUUUGACCACUCGGAUGAGGAAGUGGAUGUAAAGAUGAUCAAAAGCAAAAACAGAGUGCGUCUCUCCCUGGCUCCCCUGGUUCAGCCAGCGGUAGCAGCCAAGCACUCACAGCAUUCUGGAGCAUUUACUAACAAUGUGAAGGAAUUACCUCGGGUGACCUUGAGACCUAGAGCCAGUGGUGGCAGACAAAGCCUUGCCCACAGUUUAUCAUCCAGCGCUGUACCACUCCAUUGUCAACCGCAGCUGCAUGGUUCAAUUUCCACACACUCAGAGCUCACUUCUAUCAGGAAUAGCACUGAUGAAUCUGGUAGACAAAAUAGCCAGAUUGGAAGCAAGACCAUUGGACCUACCUCCAGGGAAACUAUUGGUGCCUUCAUUCAUUCAUCGGGAAUGCCACCACUCCAGCAACACCAAUUUGCUUCCAAAAUGGUGAUUCGUCUGGACUGGUGUGUCGUUUGCAAAUCCCGCCUGCGCUUCGGGAGGAUGGCACUGAAAUGUCGUUCGUGUCAGCUUCUAAUGCAUCCAGAGUGCAAAGAACAGUGUCCCUCGCCGUGUGUGCCAGGUGCCCACUCCAGAGUGAAAAAGGAUAUACUAGCUGAUUUUGCACCUUCCAAGCCACCUCUGGUGCCCCCCAUUGUGGUUCAGUGUGUGGUUCAAAUCGAGAAACGUGGCCUGCAAGAGGCUGGACUGUACAGAGUGCCAGGGGCAGAACCCCUCGUGCGUGAAUGGAAGUACAAAUUGCUCUCUGCCCAAGGAGCUCUUCCUUCCCUCGACCUUGUGACUGAUGUGCAUGUGAUCUGUAGCAUCCUCAAGGAUUUCCUGAGGAAUCUGAAAGAGCCUUUGGUUACCUUUUGCCUGCACUCUGCCUUCCUGCAGGCAGCAGAAAUUCUGGAUGAAUCUGCCUGCCAUACUGAACUCUGCCGCGUUGUCAUGAAGUUGCCCCUGACUAAUAGAGACACGCUAGCGUUUCUCAUGCUCCAUCUGCAUAGGGUCAUGCAAAGCCCCGAUUGUCGAAUGGACCGCCAUAACUUGGCACGUAUCUUUGGACCACCGCUAGUCGGACACAGCACUCCCAGCCCCAGCCCACUUGCCAUUAUGGAAGACACACCACGCCAGUUCCUGGUCGUCUCCCAUCUCCUAGCAUUGCCACUCAAAUUUUGGAAGCAUUUUAUAGAAGAAGAGCAAGAAAACCUGGUCCCAUCAGUACAUCAGCCCAUUGUAAUGAAUGAACAAGAGGCCAGCACUGUCCAGUUGAGUCCAGGAAAUGCCUGCUUUCCAAACAAGCUUCGUAACUGCAUGGGCACAGCUUUGCCACCUUUGAAUGUCUCCCAUGCCAAAAAGAUGGGGAGAUUCUUACCGCUUCCAAAAUAAGAAGCUACUCAAGGUGGCCAUUUCUUCUGAUUGCUAAUGAAGGGUGUGCUCAUCACUUGGUGGUUGCAUCAUUCUUGUCUUGCAUUCUCCAGCAAGCCUCCUUCCAACUUCAAGCGGAGUUCCCACAGCUCAGAAAUAUUUAAUCAUCCAUCAUUAUUUCUUAAUAGUGGAAGACUUUUGAUCUCCUUCCUGAAGAAAAUCAUGGUUCCCUUUUUUCCAUAACUAGGGAUUGACAAAAGAGUGGAGUGAACUAAUGAUAGUCCUUGAUUAUCAUACUACUGAUGUCUCCAUUGUGGACUUGUGGGUGAAUUGAAGAUGUUCAGAUCUGGUUUUUUGGUCAAUUUACUUAUAGCAAUCAGCAGAUUCAAUAGGUGGAAUCUGAUUGGUGGGCAAAAAUACGCUCACUUUUGUACAUUUUGGUCCUAUUAUCUAUUAUAUAUUUAUAGCAGAAUUUGAUAUUAUCUGGUGUUGGGAAUGUGGGUGAGGAAAGAGAAAAAAAUUAGUGAUCCUUGUAACUGAAGGCAAGAAAUUUUAUGAAGGCAUAGCUUUUUCA